UGUUCUUUCUUCCUAUAUCCUAUAUAUAAUACAGUAUUUAUUUUGUUCCAUUAUACCUCAAUUAAUUUUUUUUCAUCCGAUCUAUUCCGAUGGCCGGAGUUGCCCUUCUUCAACCACAAGAUGUUCUCAAACAUCAUGUAAGCUAUCGUCAACCUAUGAGAUCUCGACGGAAUUCCACUUCUAACCCUCUACCAAAUCCUAACCCUAACCCUAACCCUAAGAAUAACCGAAGAAAGCGAAGUCCACAAAAAAAUGGAUCUGCUAACUUUUCAACUUGUCCUCCUAGUGCUAAAAAUCUCCAUCUGGUGAUGGGAGAGGUGAAAAUUCUAAAGCGUGGUCAAGUGUUGAAGGAAAACAAGCUUGUCACUGGUGAAGAUCUGGUGUUGUCCACUACAGAUCGGCUGGGUCCAGAGCCGGAUAUGGUGCCUAAGAACAUAACGAUUGCUCAUUUCUAUGCUGGAUCGGGUUUCUCCUCCUCCUCGCCGCCACCGAGCUCUUUGCCUGUGCCGGCUUUCUUCAAGAAGGAAAGUGAACAUAACCUCCACGCUACAAGCGACUUGAGGCGUCUUCUCAGGAUCGAUCUGGCCGACUAGUUGAACAGUUAUGGGAUGUUUCAAUGAUGACGAC